UAAUGAACUUGAAAAUCAAUUUCAAUGCAUCACAAUAUUCAUUAAAACACAGUAAACCACCUACAUAUUCAUUACAACACAAACACAUUACCAUCAACUGUCAUCUCUAAUUCCGGGCAGUUGCACCUAUCAUGCCCUUCAACUCGGCAUGAGGAGCACCAAUUCAAAACUUGAUGUGGUCUCCCUAAUCUAUCCAUCUCAUUUCGAAUCUUCUACACUCUAGGUCGACCUUUGGUGCACUUCAAGUGCUCAUAAGGGAAUACCUCUGCUCCAUGGUACUCGGGCCAAUAAGCUUCAUGAGCUAAAGGCACGAAUGAGUUAUCCCAAACCAAGGCGAACAAAUGAGUCUUGUAGUAUGAACUAACAAAUCGAAGUGGGUCCAUGUGCACGCUUAUAGAACCAGCAUAUGCAUGAGAGCAAGGCAAGUGACUUAUUGAAACUUCCCGCAAUUGCAUCCCCCCUCUUCAACCCGAAGUAUCAAAUGUGACGGUUUGAGCUUUACCUCCUUUCGUGUUGCUCGAGGUGCCUCUCAAUUUGAAUUGCAAAAAUGUCAUCUCACCAUCUCGCCAGUUUAAUAAAGUCACCCUAUACAAGUUGGACCUUGUCUUUCAUAACUCCAUGUCCAUGGUGAUCAUUUUUGGGAUGAUGUAUCCAUUGUCAAGCAUCUUAAUGACAUUUUGGUACCGUUUAGCGGAUCACUCAAUCGUCCUGAAUAAGGUAUGCAAUAUGAGAGUUGAUAUUGGGAUUUGCUGCUAGUUCUCGAAUUACGUAUGAAUUUGAGAGGUUGAAUAAAAUUCGACGAGAACGUCAUAAUUUUUCUACUUCAUAAAAGAUCCAUGAGUUGUUACAAACUCAAAAUAGUUGGUAUUAGAGUCGUAUAUACGAGAAGGAUUGUUUUGUUGCAGUUCGAUUAGUGUUUUGUAAAAAGAAAAAAGUCACAUGACUGUUUUGAAAUUUGGACGACACUAAUGAGUGAUGAGCCUAGAUUCUAAGGUGAUUAGUUUGGAAAAUAGUCCACAAACGCAGUCAAAUUCUCUUGUUAGUAGCUUAUGAUCCCGUUUUUGUUUGGCUUGGGCACCCGUUUGGAUUUGGAUUAUUCAUCGGUGCGGAAUUUGCCGCACGCAGCAGUAAUUGAUCGGAAUCGGAAGACACCCAUUGUCGUCGGUAUCUGUUCAUUGCUUUGCUUUCCGUUCCGGCGGUGAAUCAGCUAGCAAUUAAUAGCGGGCAAAUCGAGAAACAGAUGCUGUGCUGCUUCCAGAUAACGUCGGGAAGAGGAAUCUUAUCACCACGUUCCUCUACUUCUUCUUCUUCGAUGGCGGCAAACCCAUUCCUGGUCAGGGCUGAAUCUCGUUCCAUGGCUCCUUCCUCUGAUCUCUCCCUGGAUCGCUCUCUCUUCUCCGCUAGCGACUCCUCAUCCUCGCGCCGCCGCGAGCUCGUCUUCGUCGUCAAUCCCCGAGGUGCUAAUGGAAGGACAGGGAAGCAGUGGAAGAAACUGCUCCCAUAUCUCAGGUCUCGCCUUGACAAAGAUUGUAAAAUAUGUGAAUCUUUGACUUCCGGUCCUUAUCACGCCAUUGAUAUAACCAGGGAGGCCAUAAGAGAAGGUGCAGAUGCUGUUAUUGCAGUUGGCGGGGACGGUACUUUGCACGAGGUGGUCAACGGUUUCUUUUGGGCUGGGAAACCUGUUACCAAUCAUGAAAGAGACGCUUCACGCUCAACAGCCCUUGGCCUCAUUCCCCUGGGUACUGGUUCAGAUUUCGCUAGAACUUUGGGCUGGAACAAUGAUCCUCGGGAAGCAGUUGAUCGCAUUGUCAAAGGUUUCAGAACCCGAGUUGAUGUUGGUGCUAUAGGCAGUGACAGUGAAGAAUCUCACUACUUCAUUAAUGUUGCUGACAUUCAUUUGAGUGCAAAGGCUGGUUACUAUGCAGCAAGGUACAAGAGAUUUGGAAAUCUGUGCUAUGUUAUUGGUGCUCUGCAAGCCUUCAUGAGUCACAAUAACCAGGACCUCAGAAUCAAGGUCAAUGGAGGGGAGUGGGAAGCAUGCCCUCAAGUGACAGCCUUGUGUAUUGGAAAUGCAAAGUACUUUGGUGGUGGCAUGAAAAUAACUCCAAAUGCCGACCCUUCAAAUGGGGAGUUUGAGGUUGUUAUCCUCCAGGACUUCAAAUGGUAUGACUUCAUUCUGAAGCUACAUAAACUUUACAAUGGGACACAUUUAUCUGUGGCAAAUGUAGUCUCAAGAAGGGCACACUCGAUCGAGAUCGAGGACGUUUCUGGAAGUGGCAAGAUUUUUGUCCAGUCGGAUGGAGAGUACUUGGGGUUUCUCCCUAGGAAGUUUUGCAUUCUACCAUCUGCUAUUCAGAUGAUACGGUGACAUUUCUAUGCCACUUCCAGGCUCCUCUCAUUCCUAUUGAGACGUUGAGAGCCAUAUGAAGAAAAUCUGCGCAGCACGUCUGAAUAACCACAGAACAAACAACAGCUUUAUGCCGAAAGCUUAUGAAAUAACAUGACCUAGAGUACGACUCCGACAGACAGUUGCGAUCCUGUAACAGCUUUUAGUUGUUUAAGUAAGCAAUUUUGAGUGAAGGCAAUCAGACAUUUCGGUUGUUUACUUUACUGCUGUCGUCGGUUGUUUACAUUACGAUUGGAUAUGAUCACAAGCUUCUACCUUUUCUUUGUUUCUCUUCUAGAGAUUGAAUUUUGCCAAGAUAACUUCUGCAAAUUUUUCUCUCAUUGUUGCUCGCAGCUCUCGGUAACUCUUUUGGGCGGUUUGCUUCACGGUUGACAACCUUUUUAGUAACUGAACACUGAAUUACUAUAUGUAGCUCUUUAAUUUGUAACGAUUCGAUAACAAAAUUUUCUACUUAGAACAAAACGGUCACAACUUAAACAAAUUGACCAUUUCAUACAAGUUCAAACUUUUGUUAGCGUAUUGUUAUAAAUUAAACUUUUAGUGACCGUAAGUUCGAAGGUUUGAACAAUCAAUCACUGUUACAAUUUGCUUUAGUUGAGGUAUGGUGGUUUUGUUAAUUUAUGUGAAUGAUAUGAUCGUAAUAAAGGAUGAUAAUGAUGAAAUUCCACGUCACAAACGGGUUUCAGGCUGCUUUUAGCUGGAAAAAAACUUGGUCUACUUUCUUACUUUCGAGAUUGAAAGGUCACCAUAGGGCAUUCUUAUUCGGCAAAGCAAGUAUAUCGUUGAACACACGACCCACCAUUUUAUAUGCCGUUCAAGUGGUUAGAGUCAUAUACUUGUUGACGAACACAUAACCUUACCUCAAAACCGGCACAAACAUUUAAUUUGUAACGACUCGAUAACAAACCUUUGCACUUAAUGCAGAACGGUCACAAAAUAAAUAGAAGUGACCAUUUUAUACAAUUUCAAACUUUUACUACCAUAUUGUUACAAAUUAAAAGUUUGUGACGUUUUGUACUAAGUACAAAGGUUGUGAGGUAUGAAAGCCCCGUGCCGGACAGCCUGGCACACCCUCGAGACCGGCCCUGAUCACAUCUCUAUAGGUGGACUGGUGGAGAGGUUGGUAUAUCGGUGAGCUUCUGUUACUGUACUAUUGAGACACAAUUUAGAAUCAAAUAAAUAAUAAAAUCAUAAAUGAUUUAUAUCAUCCUUCAUAAUUAACAUUAUGAAUAUAACUUUUUUUUUUAGAAUAUGAAACACAUCCAAAUGAAACACUAAGCCACACAAGUCGAACACUACCUCGGUCACCUCUCCCAGGUGGCCAUGUUUGAAUUGUUUGCAAGGUAGGGCUGGGAAAAUAGACCAGACUGUUAGAAAAAUCGUGAUCCAAAUCGUACCGCACAGUUUGGUCUGGACCGUAGGCCGUUAAGUAUGGUCUGGUCCAUGGUUUGGUCUAGACCGUGGUUUACCGGACGAAACCGUGGACCCAACCGACCUGUCAAUACGUGUUAAUAGCCCAUUCGAUCACUCUCCCAACGACACCCAAGUCUCAACCUUAAUUUUGAGAAUCUCGUCGCUCCUUCAUUCACAACCACAUUUAACCAGAGAGUAGAGAUAAUCGUGUCUGUAUAUGAUAUUAUGUUAAUGUUUAUAAUAUUAUGGUGCAAGUUGGGAUGCUUUUACUUUGUAUCUUUGUUAUGUACUAAGAUUUAGGGUAUCAAAAUUAUUCAUGCAUAUUAGGAUUAAUGUCUUAAGACAAAUAACAAUUAUUUUUCUUGGUUAUUAGUUCAUUGUUUUGUGUGUUGACUAAACAAGUCUCAACCUU